AUGGAUAUCAAUCACACGACCGGCAAUAAAAUGCCGAGUCAAGAACAUUUAAGUUUUAUAAAUAAAUUAAAUGAUUCGAAAAUUCCACGGCAAAGUCAAUUAAUUGUCAAUCGUUUAUUUAUGAAAAAUUUUCCUCGCGAAACAACUGGUGCUGAAAUCGAACAAUGUUUUCAAACAUUUGGUCCUGUACAUGAUGUGAAAAUAAUUGCAAAAGAAAAUACACAUUUUGCAUUUAUUUCAUUCGUCAAUGAUAAUACGGCAUUGGAUGUCUUACGGCAACAUGCUAUUGUGCCUAUUACGUUUCAAAAUCAUCAGAUUAUAUUAGCACCGGCAUAUAAAAAAAUUAGUAUUCCUUCAGCAAUAAGUCCUUCAUCAUAUUAUUCUCCUCAUGGCUCAACAAUGACACCACCAUCAACGCCAUCCCGAGUAGCCAUGAAUGGAAUGUCUCACCAACCAUCGACACCCUACCAUCACCACCAACAACAACCGCAAAUGUCAACUCCGCAAGCCGUCUAUCCACCUAUAUACUUUCCUGUUCAAGCAAAUAUGCCGUAUCUUCCGAUGACCGGUACUUAUUUAGUACCUCAAGGCGGGCCACCACAGCAAUUACAACCAUCAUUCUAUCCAACGUUUUAUUCACAUGGUGGCACUCAUCAAGCCGCUGGACAAUUAUUCAAUGGACAAACAUAUAUUCAAUCUCCAUAUAUGUAUUCCAUGAGUCUACCUGCAAUGCAAGGACAAUAUCAACUAACAACAUCAGCCAAUGAUGUAUCUAUGACAAGCGAAUAUUGA